CAAACACAGUCAUCAAUUCACUCUUUCCUGACCAGGUGAUUUAACUUGGGGUUUGACUUGGUCGUAUCAGCUACACUCGUUUUAGCUUCGCCCAUCACACAUUCCUUUUUUACCAGCAACCAUCUUUCUUCAAGAUGUUGUCCUUUAACCCCAAAUCACUCGCUUUGCUUUCCGCAACCUUACUCCCUUCUGUAUUAGCCUCUCCCUUCUUUGCGGACUUAUACCCCCGCGCUGCCUGCGACGGCAACACAGCCUCUACUAGAUCAGAAUGGUGCGAUUACUCCAUUGAUACCGACUACAUGACCGUAGUGCCCGACACUGGCGUAACAAGGGAAUACUGGCUCGAACUCACUGAUGUCACGGUGGCUCCCGAUGGCGUCUCCCGGUCUGCCAUGGCCGUCAACGGGUCCAUUCCCGGCCCCACUCUGUUCGCUGACUGGGGUGACACCGUCGUCGUCCAUGUCAUCAACUCCUUGACGACUUCCCAGAAUGGUACCAGCAUCCACUUCCACGGCAUUCGCCAGAACUAUACUUCCGACCAAGAUGGUGUUGUCUCCAUCACUCAGUGCCCGACCGCUCCCGGCUCCACCCUGACUUACACCUGGAAGGCCAUGCAGUACGGUUCCACCUGGUACCACUCCCACUUUGCUCUGCAGGCGUGGCAGGGCAUCUUCGGUGGAAUCAUCAUCAACGGUCCCGCUACGGCCAACUACGACGAGGACAAGGGCAUGCUGUUCCUCAACGACUGGGAUUACUCUACCGUCGACGAGCUCUAUGCCGAGGCCGAGGCGAGCGGCCCCCCGACCCUCGACACUGGUCUUAUCAACGGCACCAAUAUCGGGGACACCGGCGGCUACCGCUUCAACACCUCAUUCGUUUCCGGCACCUCGUACCGCAUGAGACUCGUCAACGCCGCCGUCGACACGCACUUCAAGUUCUCCAUUGACAACCACACCAUGCAAGUCAUCGCCUCGGACUUGGUUCCCAUUACUCCCUACAACACCACCGUUCUGGACAUUGGAAUGGGCCAACGUUACGACAUCAUCAUUACGGCCGACCAAGCCGACGUAGCCUCCAACUUCUGGAUGCGCGCCAUCCCCCAGUCAUCCUGCUCUGAGAAUGACAACUCGGACGACAUCCGCGGCAUCAUCUACUACGACACCAUCGGCACGCCUGAGACCAGCGCCUACGACUACACCGACUCGUGCGAUGACGAAACCGCCAACAUCUCGCCCUACAUCGCCAAGACGGUCGGUGACUUCUUCAACAGCACCUCUGAGACCGCCGCCGUCUCCAGCAAUGAAGAGGGUCUCUUCAGGUGGACCCUCAACAGCACCACCAUGCUGGUCUCCUGGGAGGACCCGACUCUGGAACAGGUCGUCGCCGGCAACACCACGUACGACACCUCGGACGCCGUGCUCACGCUCCCCGAAGCCAACGUGUGGAUGUACCUCGUUAUCGAGACCACCCUCGGUGUGCCCCACCCGAUCCAUCUCCACGGUCACGACUUCUGGAUCCUGGCCCAGGGCACUGGAACCUACAGCAGCUCCGUCACUCUUAACAAGGACAACCCGCCUCGUCGUGACACUGCCAUGCUCCCUUCCAGCGGAUAUCUCGUCAUGGCCUUUGAGACCGACAACCCAGGUGUCUGGCUUAUGCACUGCCACAUCGGCUGGCACACAUCUGAGGGCUUUGCUCUGCAGUUUGUCGAGCGAUACGACGAGAUUGUCUCUACGGUUGAUGAGACUCGAUUGACCGACAACUGUGAUGCCUGGGAAACGUUUGCUGAGUCCGCCGAAAUUGAGCAGGAGGACUCUGGCGUAUAAACGUGUGCUCGAGCAUUACUGUUUUUUCUCUUUGAGUCGAUGAUACCACAGUGACGACAACCUCGAUGACAAUGGUAUAGACAUGUAUACACGAUGGGCGCUCCAUUGGUCAUGGCUGGCAUGGCGGGAUGGAUGAUUUCCUUGAGUUUAUGGAGGGUUGGAAACGGGAUAGGGCAUAGCGACUUUGAUUUGGAAUAGACAUUUCAAGAUUUUC